AUGAUUUUUGAUAAUAAUUUACCUGUGGAAAUAUCGCUUCAAAAAUCAUUACUUUUAAUUAAUGAAGUAUUUAAUUUUCAUGGAUUUACAUUACAUCAAUUUGGUUUACCAAACAUCGAUCUAAAAAUUCUUGAAGAUUAUAAUUCUGUUGAUAAGGAAAAUAAUGCGUUAACAUUACAAUUGCUAAAAAAAGAAGCUAAUAAUCUUAUUGAAAGUUUGAAUGAUGAACAACCGCAAGUUUUUAAUAAUGUUAUGAUGGCCGUACAUAAUGAUGAAUAUGACAGUAUAUAUUUUUUUCUUGAUGGACCUGGAGGAAGUGGUAAAAGCUAUUUACACAAUACAAUUAUUACUACAGUCGAAAGUGAGGAAAUAGUAGUUUUAUCAGUUACUUGGACUGGUAUAGCGGCUAAUCUUCUAAAAGGAGGACGAACGUCACAUUCUAUGUUUAAAUUCCCUAUACCAAUCAAUGAAGAUUCAACAUGUAAUAUAAGUGGAAUGUCGAAACAUGCUGAACUUUUAAGGAGUGCAAAAAUUAUUAUUUGGGAUGAAAUUUCAAUGGCCCCAAAAUAUGCUUUACAAGCAAUGGAAUCCAUGUUAAGAGAUAUUACAAAAUGUAAUAAACCGUUUGGAGGUAAAGUUAUUUUGCUUUCAGGAGAUUUUAGGCAAACUUUGCCAAUUGUUCCGCAUGGUAGUCGCACUCAUAUUGUUGAGGUAUGUGUAAAAAAUAGUAAAUUGUGGCAAUACUUUGAAACUAGGUCUUUAAACGUUAACGUUAGAUUACAUGAUAAUCAGGUAAAGUUUUCAAAUUGGUUAUUGAAUGUUGGUGAUGGCAAACCUCAAAGUACGUUUGAAAAAGAAAAUGAUGCACUAGAAAUUCCUCAGGAUUUGAUAUCGAAUGGGAAUUUAAUUGAUGAAAUAUAUGGGCCAUCGAUAAAUCCAAAUGAUGUGAGUGUUUAUUCUUCUUGUAUUCUAUCAUUGACUAAUUCAGAAGUAUUAAACUUAAAUGAUCGUAUUUUGUCAAAGUUAGAAGGAGAAAAAGUAAUUUAUUAUAGUAUUGAUUCACAUGUAUCUGAUGAUGAUGCAAAAGAUGAAAAUAAUAUUGUUCCAGUAGAGUUUUUAAAUAGUUUAACACCAGAUGGUAUGCCUCCUCAUAAAUUAUCCUUGAAGAAAGGAUGUAUAAUUAUGCUUUUAAGAAAUAUGAAUUUGGUUCAAGGAUUAUGUAAUGGGACUCGAUUAGUUGUAAAAUCUUUAUUGAAACACGUUAUUGCUGCAGAAAUAAUUACUGGCAAAUCUAAAGGUGAAAUAGUUUUUAUUCCUCGUAUUGAUUUAUCUCCUUCAGAACAUACAUUUCCUUUUAAAAUGGUUAGAAGACAAUUUCCAAUUAGACUUGCUUAUGCAAUGACUAUCAAUAAAUCUCAAGGACAAUCUUUUGAUAAAGUAGGAAUAUUUCUACCUAUUUCUGCAUUUGGUCAUGGUCAAGUUUAUGUUGGUUGUUCUAGAGUCAAAUCUAAAGAAAAUUUAAAAUUUCAAGUCCUAGACAAUGCUGUAGUCAAGAACUUAGAAUAUCCGCAAAAAUUAUACAUUAAAAAUAUUGUUUUUCAUGAAAUACUGUGA